ACAAAUACCCCACUCCAACUCCAACUAUACUUACUUUUAGUGGGAGAGUGAAAAUGGCUUAAUUCAAUUCUGCGCUUUCUCUCUCUCUCUCUCUCUACAAUUCCUCCCACUAUGUCUGUGUCCAUGUCUACAUUCACACCCCCGCCGCUAUCUCCAUCUGCUUCCGCCUCCUCCUCCUCCUCCAUUAUGAUAGUCAUCAUCAUCAUCGCUUCCGCCGUCAUCAUCUCCGCCUCCAUCUACCUCCUUCUCCGACUAGUCUCGAAGCGCUUCCGCCGCUCCUUCUCCACCGCCGACGACGUGGUCUCCUCCAACCACCGCGUCGCUCCUACCGAUCUCCUCAACUCCCUACCGCUCUUCACAUUCCGCUCCGUCGCCAACAACGGCGGCGGCGACUGCGCCGUCUGCCUCUCCAAGUUCGAGGCGCACGAUCAGCUCCGCCUGCUGCCGGUCUGCCGCCACGCCUUCCACGCUGCCUGCAUAGACAAGUGGAUCGCCUCCAACCAGACGUGUCCGCUCUGCAGGUCCACCGUAUUGCCGUCCGCACUCGAUAAAACCCUAUCCGCCGAAAAUUCCAACGGCGGAAGCUUCCGGAUAGAGCUCGGCAGUAUCAGUCUCCGCCGCGGCGGAUCGGCAGGAGCGCGGCGGAUGUACUCGCUUGGCUCGUACGAUUACACCGUCGACGAUCAUGUAUACGAGGUUCCGGUAGGGUGCACGACUCAUCAUCGUAGAGAAUACUCAGAUUCCAAGGAGGCGUCGGUGGCGGAGGAGGGAAGGAGGAAUUGGCUGACGGAAUACGUGGAGAGACUGCAGGCAUCAAUGUCGUCGCGUACGAUGUCGUUUAGGAGCUCCGGCAGAUUCUUCGCGAGCAGUAGCCGCCGCAGCGACGCGGCCGUCGUGCCGGAGGAUUUGGAGGCGAAUAGGGCGGGAGAGGAAAUAAGUGAAAUAUUUAGGUGGAUUUCUGGAAUUUAGUUAAAUGUAUAAUAUUCUUCAAAUUAAUUAGGCUAAAUUGAUGAACUUAGUUUUUUUCAUUGUCUCAUCUCAUGCAUCUAUUCUCUUAACUGGAGUUUCCAAUUUCACCACAGUAA